AUGGAGGUGAGAGUGAAGAGCUGGAGGCUCGUCAAACCAAUCGACUGCCAUCCGCCUCCUUCGACUGAUCGUCUCCACAUCGUUCCCCUGACCGUCUUCGACAAGGUGACCACGAACUUCCACGCCGCCGUCAUCUACCUCUUCCGCCCGCCGCAUGCGCCGACCUCCAAUUGCCACUUGGAGCGCGGCCUCGCGGAGGCCCUGUCCGCCUAUAGGGAGUUCGCCGGGAGGUUUGCCGCCGACGAUGACGGCAACCCCGUCAUCGUCCUCAACGAUGCCGGCGUGCUUUUCGUCGAGGCGACGGCAGACUUUCCCCUCCCGUUCGAACCGUCCCCUGCUUCGCUGCGCUUCCUCCCGAGCAAUGACGGCGGUGAUACUGGAGAUGCUUUGGCGCGUGUCCAACUGACACGGUUCGCGUGUGGCUCCUUGGCUAUCGGGUUCUCGUCGCACCACGGCGUCGCCGACGGGCACGCCACUGGCAAUUUUUUAGUCGCGUGGGGGCUCGCUUGCAGGGGGAUUCCGUUCCCGUCGCCGUUCCGCGACAGGUCCGUUGUCGCUGUUCCGCGUGACCCUCCGGAAAUCCGGUUCGAUCACCGGAACACGGAAUACUACUUCAACGCCGACAACGAUGGUGACAGUUUCCCAAAAGACGACGAUGUCGAGAUGAUCAAGGUUCACUUCACGCCGGAAUUCGUCGCCGAUCUCAAAACAGAGUCUGGGGCGCCCACCGCAUUCGAGGCCGUGGUGGCGCAGCUGUGGCGGGCGGCGACGAGGGCUCGCGGGCUCGGCGAAGGAACGACCACCCACUUGAUGAUCUCGAUCGACGGCCGGAGGCAGACGAGCCCUCCUCUCCCUGGCGAGUACUUCGGCAACCUGGUCCUCUGGGCUGUGCCCCACGCCGCCGCCAGCGAUCUCGUCGCCCAGCCGCUGCGCCACUCGGCGUCAAUAAUUCGCGAAGAGGUCGCCAAGAUCGACUCCGGGUACUUCCAGUCGUUCGUGGACUUCGCGAGCUCGGGGGCGGUGGAGGCGGAGAAGCUGGUACCGGCGGCGGUGAAUGGAGAGGCGGCAAUAUGGCCAGGACUGGACGUGGCGAGCUGGCUGAGGCUGCCAUUCUCCGAGGUGGAUUUCGGCGGAGGACCCCCGUCCAUGGUGAUGCCGCCUUACGUGGCGAUGGAGGGGCUGGUGGUGAUUUUGCCCGGCGGAGACGGCGGCGUCGACGCGUACGUCAACAUGUUCGACCGAUUCGCUGACGAUUUCCGGCGGUAUUCCCACUGUUUUUAA